AUCACAAUCACUCACACUCACUACUUUCACAUUCUCACUAAAACUACUGUAAACAUGCACCGUCAAUCACUCGGAUCACCUGCUUCCAAGCUUCAAUCCCACGGAGCUAUCAAAGCCGACACCGUCGACAAUUUAAUCUCACAAGAAUCGUGUUCGGCCGAUGCUGCGGCCAGCGAAGAACACAAGUUACAGAAAGCUAAUCAACAGAAAUCAGGAAUCGAAUCAUCAUCAACUUCUUCUUCAAAACUAAUUCACCUAAUUCCGAUCCUCACGUUCUUCUGCUUCCUUGUCCUCUACCUAUCCUCUCAUGAUCCUUCAGAUUUAGGUCAGACUCAAUUCAGUGGAUUCGCAACGCGUUCGUUGAAGAAGAUCGGCGUAGAUGAGAAUGUCGGUGGUGGAUCGAUGGCGAUUCGAAGCGUGAGGAGGUUGGAAGAACGAGAACGGCGUCGUUUUAACAGGAAAUUCCGGUGAUAAAGUUAAGUAAAUGUUCAUCCGGCGGUUUCUCUUUCACCGGAGAGGUUCGCACGUGUGGCAUUGUAUUUUGUUUCUACCGCACGUGUACAGUGUACUGUAUGUCUGUAUGUAUAUGUUUAUUUGAUUUUCUGAAGGAAGUUAAGAGUUUGUUGGUGUUAAAUUGUGCAUGUGUCAUCAGCAAGUGUUUUGGAGAGGCUAGAAUGCGCAUGUUUGUUACGCGUAUGUUAGCCAAAGGCGCUGGCUAUGUGAGGCGUAACUUAGAAAAAGAUGUGCAAAAGAGAAUGUGGAGUAAAAUGAGUCCAGCUGGAAAUAAAAAGUAUAUGACCGUUGCUGUAAUAACAUGUUCCUUGA